GAGAGCCUCUGUUCCACUGACACUCCUUCUGACCUUUGAUACAGGGCACAGGCUUCUGCAUGAGCAAGCUCCACGCUGAGGCAAUAGAAAUAAACAGAAGAGCUGUGCUUUAAAAGUCAAAGGUAGUACAAUGUUAUCCUUUAUCACGUCGCUUAUUCCAACCUCCUACUUAUUACCAGGGUGGUUGACUCUCGAUAUAAAUCCACUGGAUAGUUUACUUCAAGGACUUGUUGGUGCAUGUGGGAUCUCUGUGCUGUGCUCCACAAUAAGACUGCACUUAUUUCUCGAAGAAGAGAGUUGUAAUGAUAAAAAUGAUAAAGCCACAUCAAGCCAGAAGACACCCAGUCAUCAAAGGAGCACUAACAGUGGACUUUUCGGGAUGCUGCAGUUUUUCUUUGUUACUGGGAUGCUGGCUGUAGUGGGCUCUCGUGUGGCCUCCUUGGUGGUACUCGAGUUUAGUCUUCGUGCUGUUUCUGGAUUGGUUACAGCAGGACCAGAGUCCAGGAAAUUUGUAAACCAGCUGUUGGUUCAAAGCCAGUUCCCUCUAGGCUGUGCCCUAACCUGCAGUUUGCACUUUCUCCAUGAGGGGGCGUCCCAACGCUGGCUAUGCCUGCUCCUGGCAGUUGCACAUAGCUGGUUCCUGUCUAGACAAGCCAUUCGGCUGCUGCACCAUGUCGUGGCUCUGUAUAAACUCCACAGCUCACAGCGCUACUGCGGCAUUUGCAUCAGCCUCCUCACAUCAGGCCGCCGUGUGCUACCCAUGCUGUGCAGGGCUAUGAUCAUUACUUUCUCUGUGGCUGUGGUGGCCUCCAUUUCAAUCAUCAAUCAACACUUCCUCUCUGCAACAGAGGCCCUCAGGUUUUGGACACCACUGACUAUCUGCUACACACUGUUGGUUGUGUACAUGCAGGAGGAGCAGCACCGUCUGCCUGGUAGCCAGGCUGUCUUAAACACAGUGGUGGUGCGUCUCGGUGGUUUGAUGAUCCUGAUGUUGACUGUUGGACGUUGGGCUGACGUGCUCCACAUCCUAAUGUGUUUCCUGGGUGAGGCCUGCUGUCUAAUCCCCACUAAGGAUCUGCUGGAUGCUGCAUCCUCACAGGAUGAAGAGGAUUAUACAGACUACGUACAAAGAGAACAUCAACAAAGACCACAGGCACAAAAGAAGUAGCAUCAAAGAUAGACAAUAAGAUUUUAAAAUGUAUUGGCACUUCUUUUUAAUGAUACUAAUUUGUGUAAGUCCUGUUAGGGCUAAAUCAACAAUGGAUGCUUUAUAACAUGAACACAGUUAUAUUGCCCAUAUUUGUUAGGUUUCUUUUUACAUUGUUUUGGUAAUAUACUAUGUAUUUAAUGUUUUGACUGUAGCAGUACUUUGCUUUUUCCAAUAACAAUAAACAAUGUUUAUUGUUAACUGUAUAUGCACAAAAUACACAUUGCAAGUUCAAACUUCUGUUCCAAUAAAUAUGAUUGUUGUUCUAUUUAGAAUAUGUUUUUAUAUUUAAAAGACUAAGCAGCAUAUUAUGCUGAUAUGGAAAUUCAAUCGAAAAAAGUUUAUCCAAAAACCAUAUCCUAUAUAUGUGGAAUAGUAAAAUGAUCCACAGUAUAAUAUUUUUGUCUGUUAUUCUU